AUGGUGGCGGUGGUGAGUUUGGUGCAGGCGGCGCUGGAGCAGCUGGGGGAGCUGGUGCUGCUGAUGGCGGUGGUGGAGGCGGUGCCGGAGGUGCUGAGCGGGGGCGGUGGCGGUGGUGGGGGCUGCGCUCGUGAUACUGGGGAGGGGAUUGGCCUAGGAGGCACCGCUGAGGGCGGAGGAGGAGGAGGUGCUGCUGGAGCUGAAGAUGGAGGUGGCGGAGGAGGAGCGAGAGGUGAGGCGGUGGGCGGAGGCGGAGGUGCCAAUGUGGGUGAAGGCGAGGCCAAAGAAGACGGUUUGCGGGAUGUUGGGAGUGGCGGUGGUUUCUUCCCUAUUGGCGGAGGAGGUUUCUUUAUUGCUGGCGGUUUUGGUCUCCCAGGAACAGCUGGCGCAAAGCUGGUCGGAGGCUUUGGCGCAGAACCGAUGGGCGGCCUUGGGGCAGACGAAUUUGAUUCCCCGGGAUCAGAGAGGUAUGACGAGUCUGCAUUCGCCCCUGUAUCAAUUCCUCCUCCCCUCUUCUUCAGCUUGGGCAUGCCCCCGGCGAAGAGACCUCCCAGUUGUGGUGCUGGAUCAACACUCGGUGCGGCCGGAGCGGAACCAUGGUCACUAUUGCUUCUCGCUCGAUUGCCCGGCACUGGGGGGGCCAAACCACCCGGUGGCUUCGGUGCUCCGCCAAGGACGGGAAUCGGGGGCGCACCUCCCACUGGAGGACCUGAUGAGGAGGAUGUAUUGUUUGCCACCUGGGGGGCUGAUCUGUCGUUCGUUACGCUGAGGUUGACGGGGGAGCGCAACGUACCCUGCCUAAUGCGCCAGCUGGCGGUCGGGCAGGCAAACCGCCGGGAGGAGGAGGAGGAGGAGGAGGAGGGCCUCCAGCACCUGGGGGCGGAGGUGGUGGAGGUGGUGGAGGAGGAGGCAUCGUAG